UUGUUCAGUAGCAGCGUGCCUCGUGUGGGGCAAAGAUGUCUGCUAUACUCAUAGUAGUGCCUCGCCGUCGCCUGUAGAAAUCACACACCACCCUUCUCUCCUUAUCUGGAUUUCUGGGGAUUGCUUAGACAUGGGCCUGCGGGAUACCUUCAGGCAACUGCGGCCGGACAGCCCGUCGCGCGUGGGCAGCAGCAGCAGCAUUGAGCUGCAGAACAGAGCCACUCCUCGGAGCGGCUCCCACCAGAAUCAGGUUGCAGUUAUAGCUGCAGAAUCGCUGCAGGUCUGGCGCGCUCUGCCCGCAGAAAUUCGACAUGAUCCCAGCAUGGCCAGCUUUCAAAUGGAAAACGAACGCAUUCACGGCGCCUCUGAAGGUGCUAGCGAUGAAAAUGAUGAGGGGAACAACGGAGGUCGUAUUCAGGAUGAGCCCGGUUCCAGUUUUGCUGGUUCAGAUUUCCUCGAUAUCAAGACUAAGCCGGGACAAGAGGAGAAUCCCACAGAUGACGAGGCCACCACAACGCACUCAGACCACGAUCCAGCAAAUGGUCCGGGCAAUGCCAAGUCCCUUGCUCGACGCAUCCACCACAAGUCCACGCGAUCAAAGGAGCAACGCCAGUGGGACAAGCUGUGGAAGCGUCUGGGACUGCUCUUCUUCUGGCUGCUGGCCGCCGUCGUGCUCAUCUCUGUGGGGGAGAAACAUCUGCUGGAGAAGACCCUUGAUGUGCCGCAGGGCGAACAUGGGAAAUUUUUCACUUUGGUGCAAAAACCAGCUGGCGAUUUUCGUCUGAAGAUCCAAGGCACCUUCGUGGAAGUCUGCCCACCAGACCAUGAUAACGAAACCAUUAGCUAUAGUUAUCUGAUUGUGCAGCCGCAGGUGUCGUCUUACACUGGAGAGAACCGCAGCAAGGUGUUCCAGAACACAUUGCAGGCCUGGAAGCUGCCUUUACUGCCUGAAGAUCUGCUGGAACGUGCUCCAGCCGUGUCUAGGAAUCGCACGUAUCAAAUGAGCUCGGAACUGAGCGAUAUUCUGGCCCAGCCGGAGACUGAGAUGCGUCUGCACAUCUACAGCGAUGUGGCAACGGAUUUGGCAGUUGUAAUCAGCUACAAUCCUCUAAUAGUCAACGCUCGGAUGGGCAGCAUUCUCGCCGGCCUCAUUCUCCUGAUCUUCUAUGCCCUGUUGGUGUGGGAGGUGUUUGAGCGACCUUUCAUAGCCAUGGUUUGUUCGAUUCUAUCGGUUACGGCUCUGGCCUGCUUUAAUGAUCGGCCAAACAUGAAUGAGAUAAUCCAGUGGAUGGACAUGGAGCUGCUCACUCUCCUGUUCUGCAUGAUGCUGCUUAUCCUGAUACUAACAGAGACAGGGGUCUUUGACUAUCUGGCAGUGUUCUGCUUUGAGAUAUCGGGUGGCAAGAUUUGGCCCAUGAUCUAUAGUCUCUGUCUGGUGACAUGCCUGGUGUCCAGUGUGCUGGACAACAUGACAACGGUCCUUCUGCUCACCCCCGUGGCCAUUCGCUUGUGCGAGGUGAUGCAGCUGGAUCCGCUUCCGGUAGUGAUGGGCAUCAUUGUGCAUGCUAAUAUUGGAGGUGCUCUCACCCCCAUUGGGGAUCCCAUCAGCAUUAUUGUCAGCACCAAUCACAUCAUUGUGGAGAAUGAUGUGACUUUUCUUAACUUUAUGGCGCACACAUUUCCUGGCGUCCUGCUGGCCGUGCUCCAAAGCUGUCUGUAUCUACGUCUCUUCUACCACAACAUCGAUGCCUUGCGCCUGAACGAACCGAAGGAAAUGCGCGAGCUGCGACGCGAGAUCAAGGUCUGGCAGCGGGCUCUCAAUGCAGUGGCCUCCUGCUCCAAGGAUGCGCAGCUGGUGCGCGGCACUCUCCAGGGCAAGGUGAAGCAACUGAAGCGGACACUGCGACGCCUCCAGCGAGGUGUCGGAUCCACAGAGGUAUAUGCCAACACCCUGGAUGAGCUGAAGCAAAAGUACCCCAUCAAAGACAAGGCGUUGCUGCUGCAGUCCGCCGGAGCUUUGAUCUUUGUCAUCGUCUGCUUUUUCAUACAGUCGGUGCCGAAUUGGAGGACUCUGCCCCUGGGUUGGGUAGCCCUACUGGGUGUCAUUCUGCUGUUGAUCAUCCUCAACCGUGACGACAUGGAGCAUCUGAUGCACCGCAUCGAGUGGACCACACUACUCUUUUUCGCGGCCAUGUUCGUGAUGAUGGAGUGCGUCGAGCGACUGGGCCUCUUCUCUUGCAUCGGCGAGUUCACCGAGCACGUCAUCCUCUCGGUAGACAAAAGGCAUCGCCUGGCCAUGGCCAUAUUCAUAAUACUGUGGGCGUCGGCCUUAGCCUCCGCUAUUCUAGACAGCAUCCCCGUCACAGCCAUGAUGGUCAAGUUGGUUACCUCGCUGGUGGCCAAACAGUCGAUUGGCUUGCCCCUCCAGCCUCUUGUCUGGGCUCUGACCUUGGGCGCCUCUCUGGGCGGCAACGGGACCCUGUACGGGGCCUCGGCCAAUGUCAUUGCCGCGGGAAUAGCGGAACAGCAUGGCUAUAAGCUCUCCUUCACUCGAUACCUGAGGACAGUAUUUCCUAUGAUGAUGGGACAGAUCACCCUGAUGACAGUCUACCUGCUGGUGGCCCACAUCGUAUUUGGCUGGCAUUGAAAUAUAUUUUGAUGAGCUACAUAUAACGUAAAUGGCUAUUUAUUUCUAGUUAUUGACUAGUACUCAUAUGUUUAAUGACUAGAGUUUUUCAAUUAAUAUUUAAUGGUAAUUUGUGUGGUAAUUUUACUGUGACAGCUUUCACCCUUUCGCAUUCGAUUAAUCUCUUUGCGUGUGUUUAAUGUUCUCGUAUGCGAGUAUACGAGUAUAAGUGUUUCUAUCUUAUAUAUAUAUAUAAGCGUUUAUUUGUGAU